AUGUUGCAGACUAAAGCUGAGGCCCUGAGAACCUCCUUCCUGGCCUUCCUGCUGAGCCUCUCGGGAUCUGGAGCCAUCAAAGCAGAACACGUAGCAAUGUAUGGCAUAUUUGUACAGACACAACAUCCAUCCGGUGAAUGCAUGUACGCGUUUGAUGGCUAUGAGCAGUUCGACAUGGAUCUUGACAGGGAGGAAACGGUCUGGGACCUGCCGGAGUUCAGCAAGGUUUAUGCAUUUGACGCCCAGGAAGCUCUGCCCUACAUCAUCAGCCUGAAGAACAACCUGAGAGCCUUGAUCCAGAGAUACAACGAUGGGAGGACCCCUGAGCCUCCCAAGGUGACCGUGUUCCCCAAGAACCCGGUAGAGCUGGGCCAGUCCAACGUCCUCAUCUGCCACAUCGAUAGGCUCUUUCCCCCAGUGCUGAAUGUUACAUGGCUACGUAAUCGGCAGCUGGUCACUGAGGGAACUUCUGAGACUGUCUUUCUGCCCAGCACAGAACUCAGAUUUCACAAGUUCCACUACCUUACCAUCAUACCCACGGCGCAGGAUGUGUAUAACUGCAGAGUGGAGCACUGGGGUAAGCAGCACCCCCUUUCCACACACCCUUAAACGCAGAAGCCAGUCCAGGUAUCUGAGACAAUGGAGACUGCGGUCUGUGCCCUGGGCCUGGUGGAGGGCUUGAUGGGCAUGGGCAUCGUGGUUGGCAGUGCGCUCAUCCUAAGGGUUCCACAUGGCAGCCAUAACCCCCGCACCCAGGAACCCCUAUGA